CACAAACACAAACAAAUAAUGUUCAACUUGUUCAAGAAACCUUCACCAGAGGAGAUGGUCAAGAAAUGGAAGAGAGAGUUGAGAAGAGAGGAUAGAGGACUUGAUACACAAAUCAGAGCAAUCGAUACAGAGGAGAAGAAAGUGAUUAGAAUGAUAAAAGAGAGAGUAAAGGCUGGUGAUCAAAAGAGUGCAAAGACAUUGGCAAAGGAGGUCGCAGCGGCUAGGAAGGCAAAGGAGAGAAUAUAUACAGCAAAGGCACAGAUGAACUCGGUGACGAUGCAACUACAGGCCAACCUGUCGAUGGCAAAGGUGGCCGGACACAUGGCCAAGUCGACAGAGGUCAUGAAGAUGAUGAACAAUCUGGUCAAGCUUCCAGAGCUCAACAAGAUCAUGAUGUCCAUGGGCCAGGAGAUGAUGAAGGCUGGCAUCAUCGAGGAGAUGAUCAACGACACCUUUGACAGAGACGAUCAACUGGAGGAGGAGGCCGAGCAGGAGGUCAGCAAGAUCCUCGAUGAGAUCCUGAUAUCAGGUCCCAAGGUUGGCGUUGAUGCACUCGAUGUCCCCGUGCAAGAGGAGGAGCCAGCUGUCAAAGAGGACGAUGAGAUAUUUAACAGGUUACAGGCUCUAAAGACU